GAUAACAAACCCUUAAGAGACACCAUGGAAAAAUAUUUAACAGGGAUGAAAAGAAAGGCGGAGAGAGACGGAGAUAAUGAGACAAACGUGAGCCGGCCACACCGCCUGCUCUUUCUCUUCCUGGUGGGAGGAGUCACUCCCUCUGAGCUGCGCCUGAUCCGCAAGGUAGUCUCCACCCACAAGCCGGGCACUCAGGUGCUGGUCCUCUCUACCAGACUGUUGAGACCUACAGACGUCCCCGAGCUGCUCUUCACCACCCAAAGACUGGUGCCAGACAUUGGUGUGUGAGCACGGAACAAGGACCACACACACACAGACGCACGCACGCACACACACACGCACGCACGCACGCACACACACACACACACGCACACACACACACACUCCACCAACACCUACCACUCUUAGGGUGUGGAGAGGAGAAAUGAGAGGCUCCAGUGAGAUUGUGUGGUUUGGUAAUGGACUGGAGUCAUGGGUGUGGUGAGCAGAGGUGGAGGUUUAUGAAUUUGUCUAGAGGAAAAAACAGAGGAUCUACUUCGGCUUUUUUCAAAGGCAUUCCCAAAUGUUUACUUCAGUUGUGUUACGUUAGAGUCCUCUCCCUUCCCUUGUACUACCCAAGUCACAUUGUAAGGCAACACUUAGGUACUUAUGGAUUCUCUCAUUCCAAACUGUACAGAAUGUAAACGUGAUCCAAUCUGGUGUCAUCUGGUCUUGAAGCUCAACUCCAAACAGACAGAUGACAUUCAAAUCAAGUUACUUUAAUACGUGUUUUGUUGUUUACAUUCAAUCUGAAUACGUUGAAUAAAUCUUGUAUAUUUGUGAAACUCA